AUGCUUGCCGCUUCUGAAUCUGGCAUGGCAGCUGCCUCUGUUAAGGCAAAUUAUGCAGAUGGGAGCAGUUCGAGUGCAGCAUUGUUAGUUCCUGCUUUUUGGAGCUGGCCGUAUCCAGCCGGCGGCGAUUUGGUGUUUUCGUCCUAUUUGACGGAAAAUGCGACCAACUACAACAAGACCAACAUAUUCCAAACUGUCAAUUGGCUGGACUCAUCGAAAGAGCUUGUUUCGUUCACUUGGCCGAACUCCUCGACCGGAUCCUCGACUGAACCUGGUGGCGCCGCAUUGGAGACAAAGUUGCAUAUCUUUGCGUUGUCCCUGCUAUCAGCAACGGUCCCAUCGAGUCAUCCAAGUCUGGAGAUCCAGUAUGCUAGAUCCACACAAAAAUGGGUCGAGGGCUCAGACAAAAUCCAAAUCGUCGAAGUCAUCAUCAACAACAAAGGUUCGUCUUUUGUUGACAAAAGCCAUCAAGUCACGGUGAGAAUUCAAUCGACCGGCCUUGAAACCGUGCAAAAUGCUACCAUCAAGAGAUUGCGGCCUGGAGACCAGGUUAUUGUUGAGGUUGGCGUACGAAACAAGAAUGGCAUCCAGUCCGGUAGCUCAGGUCCAGCGACCGUAGUCAUCGAAAGUGUGGGUGUGAACUCUGCUCCAUAUCAAUUCAACGCAACCUAUGGUAUCUCGCCAUAUCAAGCCACGUACGAGUCGAUCUACACUCACGAAUCGCCAACUUGGUACAACAAUGCUAAAUUUGGGAUCUUCAUUCAUUGGGGAGUCUACUCGGUUCCGGGCUGGGGUAACAAAGGGUCCAAGGAGAACUACGCCGAAUGGUACGAUUCAAAAGGCAUCCAAAUUUUAGCAUGUGCUAACGAUAUUAGGUACUGGUGGACAAUGAACUCGGGCCCUACUGACAAGACCAACACAUAUGGCUAUCACCUGGACAAAUACGGUGCAGACUUUGUUUAUGAUGAUUUUAUCCAGGACUUUACAGCUUCAGCCUGGGACCCAAAAGACUGGGUAGAUCUGUUCGCCGAUGCUGGGGCCAACUAUUUUGUUCUCACGAGCAAACAUCACGAUGGUUAUGCUCUGUUUGAUCAGCCAGCAAAUAUUUCCACCAGGACUUCUGUUGCCCUUUCUCCACAUCGAAAUAUAGUGCAGACGCUGCCCUACACAGGCUACAUCCCGUUGGAUGACUACGUCGAAGAUAAAAUUCUGCCCGAGAUGAACAUAUUGGCAGGAAUGGGAACUGAGAUAAUGUGGUGCGACAUCGGCGGCAAGAACAAAACAGCCGAGUUCGCAUCAACAUGGUUCAAUAAAGCCGCCGAGCAGAAUCGCCAAGUGGUGAUGAACGCUCGAUGCGGGCUACCCGGAGAUUUUGAUACACCGGAGUAUGCGAAAUACAGUGGCGUCCAAAGACGCAAGUGGGAGACCAGUCAGGGAAUGGAUCCAUACAGUUAUGGAUUCAAUCGGGCAACCCCAGCCGCAAGCUACAUGAAUGCCAGCUCAAUCGUCACUGGUCUCAUUGACAUCGUUUCCAAGAACGGAAAUUUCCUCCUCGAUAUCGGGCCGAUGGCGAAUGGAACGAUUGUCGAUGUCGAGAAACGACACUUGCGGGAAGCUGGGGCGUGGAUCAAGGACCAUGCUGAAGCUAUCUUCGAUACUACGUAUUGGUUUGUGACGCCUGAGGAAGGUGAUUACAUCCGUUUCACAAAGUCGGACGAUGCGUUUUACAUUCACUGUUUGGCCAAACCGAAUGCUACUUUGGCUAUAUCCAGUCCCGUGCCUUGGAUCGAAGGCGACGAAGUACGCGUGGUAGGUGGGAAUAUGAACGGCACUGUCGUACCCUCGAGGAUGACUGAGAAUGGCACAAUGAUUUUGUCGGUGAACAAACAGGUUGCGAAUGCGGAUCUAUUCGCGUGGGUUUUCAAGAUCACGUACUGA